AUGGCCUAUGACCGCUAUGUUGCCAUCUACAAACCACUGCGCUAUGGGACACUCAUAGGGACAUUCUCAGACCUGCAGUGUGGGGCUCGAAGCUCUCCUGACCCUUCCCUGUUGGUGUUUGAAGGGGCUGCGGAGGUGAGGCUGGCGGAUGGCGGCAGGCGCUGUGCUGGGAGAGUGGAGGUGAAACUCCAGGAUCAGUGGGGGACCGUGUGCCAUUACUACUGGGACAUGUCUGAUGCUGCAGUGGUUUGUAGGCAGCUGGGCUGUGGGGUUGCUCUGGAAGCUCCUCACAAUGGACACUUUGGGCCAGGAUCUGGCCCCAUUUGGAUGGUUGGUGUUCAAUGUCAUGGCACCGAGUCUGCCCUGUCUGACUGCCGUCACGCAGGACGUGGUGAAUCCUACUGUUCUCACAAUUUCGAUGCUGGAGUGAUAUGUUCAGGAUUUGUCCAGCUGGUCGGAGGGGACAGCCCCUGCUCAGGAAGUGUGGAGGUCUAUGACAGGGACCAGUGGAAAGCAGUCUGUGACUCCCACUUUGGUGCCAAAGCUGCUGAGGUGGUCUGCAGGGAGCUGCAGUGCGGCACAGCCCUGUCCGUCCAUGGGGCAGCUCACGUGGGAGAAGGGGCCGGUUCCCUCUGGGACAGAGAGCUGCAGUGUGUGGGGAAUGAAUCCACCGUCCUCUUCUGCCCCUGGGGGACCCCCAAGGACGAGGCCUGCACCCACGGCAAUGGCACUCAUGUCACCUGCACACGGUUCAGGCUGGUGAACGGCAGCACAGCGUGUGCGGGCAGGGUGGAGGUCGAGGUGCUGGGGACGUGGGGGACCCUCUGUGCCUCCCGCUGGGACCCCUCGGACGCCCACGUUCUCUGUCGGCACCUCGGCUGUGGCUUUGCUGAGUCCAUUCCUAGAGGAGGGCAUUUUGGGAGAGGAACCGGCCCCGUCUGGAGAGACUCGUUCCACUGUGACGGGACUGAAGCCCACCUGGGGCAGUGCCCGGUGACUGCCCUGGGGGCCUCGCAGUGCUCCCACGAGAAUGCUGCUGCUGUCAUUUGCUCGGGCCCGGCUCGCCCCAUGUCCCUGCGGCUGGUGGGCGGAGAGAGCCGGUGCGACGGGCGCGUGGAGGUCUUCCAGCACGGGACGUGGGGCAGAGUCCUGGAUGAGCAGUGGGACAUGCAGGAGGCCAGCGUGGUGUGCCGGCAGCUGCAGUGCAGAGAGGCAGAGGCAGCCUACACCCCUACGAGGGCCGACCGAGGACGGGGCUCCGUGGGGCUGCGCGGGGUGCGGUGCACAGGGCACGAGGCUAACCUGAGCCUCUGCAACGCCUCCCUGACUGAGAGCACACCAUCAGCAGGGAUCAUGGAGGACGUGGGGGCCGUGUGCCAGGGGAGCCGGCGGGUCCGGCUGGCGGACGGGGCUGGGCGCUGUGCCGGGAGAGUGGAGAUCUACUACCAGGGGCGCUGGGGCACCGUCUGCGACGACGCCUGGGACCUGGCCGACGCCGAUGUCGUUUGCCAGCAGCUGGGCUGCGGAGGGGCCGUGGAGGCAGCUGGGUCCGCUCGGUUUGGGGAGGGCUCCGGGCAGAUCUGGCUGGACGGCGUCAACUGCUCCGGGGCCGAAGCUGCUCUCUGGGACUGCCCUGCUGAGGCCUGGGGGCAGCACAAUUGUGGGCACAAGGAGGAUGCAGGAGUCGUCUGCUCAGAGUUCAUGGCCCUGAGGCUGGAGAACAGUGAUGGCUGCUCCGGGCGCCUGCAGGUUUUCUACAAUGGGACGUGGGGCAGUGUUUGCUCCAACUCUAUGACUACCGAGACGGUGUCACUGGUGUGCAAGGAGCUGGGCUGCGGGAAUGAAGGGAACCAGGAAACAACCUCAAUCUAUGCCAAGCUGCCUGGCACCGCGUGGCUGGAUCAUGUGGAGUGUGGGAAGAGCAACAGCUCCUUCUGGCAGUGUCCCUCUGAUCCCUGGCAUCCGCAGUCGUGUGAUGACCUCCGAGAAGAGACCCGCAUCACCUGCAAUGAAAGGCCGCAGGUGGCUGCAUGCCCCAACUCCACGAGGUGCACAGGUAGGGAGCUGCCCCUGCGCGUGCCCCCCUCACCUGAUCCCCCCCGGGAUCCUCUGACCACCACCAGUGAGAGACUCUCGGUGCCUGUUGUCAUCUGCAUCAUCCUGGGGGCCCUCCUCUGCCUGCUCCUGGCCCUCCUGGCUGGGCAGGUGCGAAGCGCCAGGGCUCGGCGCAGAGGCUCCGGGAGAGCUGGGGAGCCCUUCCCUGAGGCUGUGUACGAGGAGAUCGCUUACAGCCUGGCGUGGGAGAAGCAGGCGAGGUUCAGUCUCUCAGAUGUCCCUGUCCUGCCUGGAGGUGACCCAGCAGAUGGCUAUGAUGAUGCCGGGGAGGUUUCUGACCCUGGGGAGGAUCCUGUCCCUGGGCAGGGGGACUGGGAUGUGCCCAGGGUUCCAGAGGAGGGAGAUGGGCCCAGGGAUGCAGCCACAGGGGGAAGCCUGAGCUCCCAGAGAAGUGCUGGGGCCCACGGAGCUGAGGGAGACACCUCGUCCCCCUUCCCGGGAAGCAUGGGUUAUGACGAUGUUGAAGAGGUGUCUCUGGCAUAUCCCCACGAGGACACCCAGGAUGUGUCACCGGAGCCCCAUGCACAAGGGUCCCAGACCCCCAGGCCAGCAGAGCCCAGCCCUGCCGAGCAGCUGGGUGCAGCCAGGAGGGAGGAGAGCUCAGUGCCACUGGGAGAGCUGUGAGCACCAGCGAACGGUCUCCCUUUUCCAGCAGGCAGCAGACACACAUGGGUAUUUCCCCUCUUGGUAUUCCCCUGUGUUUUUUUAUGCUGUGUGUUGGUAUUUCCUCAUAUUAAAACCCUCUGGGGGCUUUCCCCUAGAUCCAGUGCUUCCCUGCCCAGGUGUCGGGGCGUCUCCCUGAGGCUGAUCAAGGGGAGCAGAGCUCAGAAACACAGCGGUUGGGGAGGGUCACAUCUUAGGGCCAGCAGGAUCAGUGUCUGGCUGUGGGGCUGCCAGAGCCCCUGGUCCCUCGACAC